AUGAAUUCAGCAGGAAAAGACAUUCAACAGAUUGAAAAUUUUCAGAAGAGCUUGGAUGAAUAUGUGGAAGGUACCUCACAUAUGAUAACAACGAAGCAAUUAAAAAAUUUUUCAGAGAAAGAGAAGUUAAAGAAUCAAUUAUCUUCAGCAAAAGCGGAAAAGAGUCAGUUGAUGGAUAAAAUAAAGUCAGGUAAACAAGAAAUAGUUAUCAUCUUUAUUCAACUUUCAGCGAAAGAAGAACUGAAAAAGAUUAUUGAAGAAAAUGAAAAAAUACGAAGUUAG